AAUGACAUUUCAAACCUGCAUUACCAGAAGUCUCCGUCUUCACACGUUUUAAAAAUAAUACAAGUUGAAGUUCAGUCCAGUGCUUUGGUAAUAAGAAUCGGCAAAAAUUAUGGCAUUCAAUAAGGCCCACGAACAGAAACGCAUAGCUCAGCUGGAAGCUGAUAUUGUCCGGGUACGCAGUGAAAUUGAAAAAGUCAUCAGCGGCGAUGACUUGGAAUCAGAAGAUCCGGAAUUGGCCAAGUUGGUGUUGGAGAAUUCUAAGCUGAAACAUCGCCUGUCCAUUUUAAAUAAGGCAAUUUCCGCUGAACGAUCAAACUCAUCGGGCACCUCCAGUGUAGUGGAUCUGGUAUCCAUUCUGGACCAUUUGACAGACAUUUUUAGUGCUGCGAUUGCAUCAUCCUUUCCGACGUUGCAAGAUGUUCCCACAGUUAUCGCUGUGGGCACGAAUCCGAAUCCAAAAUUCGGUGACUAUCAGUGCAACAGUGCAAUGGCAAUUUCAAAGAUGCUUAGCACUCAGGGUGAGAAGAUGUCUCCGCGGGAUAUAGCAGCAAAAAUUACACAAAACCUUUCGCCAUCACCGUUGGUCGAACGAUGCGAAGUUGCCGGUGCUGGUUUCAUCAACGUUUUCCUUAACCGAGCGUACGGUAUCAAUGCCCUCACUACCAUCCUCCGAAAUGGUGUCCGUCCAAUUGCCGUUAAGAAGCAACGGGUCGUCGUGGAUUUCUCAUCGCCGAAUGUAGCAAAAGAAAUGCACGUAGGCCAUUUACGCUCCACCAUCAUUGGAGACUCGAUAUGCCGGCUGAUGGAAUAUUUGGGACAUGACGUUCUGCGUAUCAAUCACAUUGGCGAUUGGGGUACUCAGUUUGGCAUGUUGAUCGCUCACUUGGAAGAUCGUUUUCCAGAUUAUGCGACCGUGUCCCCGCCCAUUUCCGAUUUGCAAACAUUCUACAAGGAAUCGAAAGCUCGAUUUGACUCGGACGAGGGGUUCAAGAAGCGGGCCUACACAAAGGUUGUGCUGCUUCAGAGCGGUCAUCAAGAUUCGGUCAAAGGUUGGCAACUGAUUUGUGAUGUGUCCCGGAAGGAGUUCCAAAAGAUUUACGAUCGUCUCGGUGUGAAGCUUAUUGAACGAGGCGAAUCGUUCUACCAGUCACGAAUGGAAGCUCUUGUAAAGGAAUUAGAAGCGACAGGUUACCUGGAGGAAGACAAUGGCCGAAAAAUUAUGUGGGGCGAACAGCAUGGUGAAGGCAUUCCCUUAACCAUUAUUAAAUCGGAUGGUGGUUUCACCUACGACUCUUCAGACAUGGCAGCAAUCAAACAGCGAUUAGAGGAGGACAAAGCCGAUUGGAUAAUCUAUGUGACCGAUUUGGGACAGUGGACUCACUUCAAAUCGAUAUUCUCUUGUGCAUCACGAGCCAAAAUCAUCGACUAUUCCCGACAUCGUAUCGACCACGUCGGCUUUGGUGUCGUGUUGGGCGAAGACGGCAAAAAGUUCAAGACUCGAUCGGGCGAUACCGUCAAAUUAACUGAAUUGUUGGACGAGGGAUUAAACCGGUCGAUGGAAAAGUUAUUGGAAAAGGAACGCGAUAAGGUGUUGACACCGGCGGAACUGAAGACUGCUCAAGAAUCGGUUGCGUACGGUUGCAUCAAAUAUGCCGAUUUGUCGCACAAUCGACAAAACGAGUACGUGUUCUCGUUUGAUCGGAUGUUGGAGGACAAGGGUAACACAGCCAUUUACCUGUUGUAUGCGUACACCAGAAUCAAAUCGAUUGCACGAAAUUGUGGCAGUGACUUUGCUAACGACAUUAAAAAAGUGUUGGAGACGACCACGGUUUCAGUUGAUCACGACAAGGAAUGGAAAUUGGCUAAGGUGCUGCUCAAAUUUCCGGAUAUUAUUGCCAAGAUCACAAAGGAUAUGUGCAUGCAUCACUUGUGCGAGUUCGUUUACGAGGUCAGCACCACAUUUACCGAAUUCUACGACAGUUGCUAUUGCAUUGAAAAGAACAAGCAGGGCGAAAUUGUCACCAUAAACGGUGGCCGUGUUCUGUUGGCCGAAGCAACGGCACAGGUGUUGGGAGUUUGCUUCAAUAUUUUGGGAUUGAAUCCACUCGAAAAGAUUUAGUUGACUCUGCGGUUCGAUUGAAUUUGAUGAAUAAAAACGCCCGAUGAAACUUUUGAUGUAA